AUUUAGGCUUGUCUUUGUUUCUCUGUUCUUCAAUUUUUAAGAUUAACAGAGCUGUGUGCAUAUAUAUAUAUAUAUAUAUAUAUAUAUUAUAGAAAUUGGAUUCUUGAAUUCACUAAAAGGGAAAAAAAAGGAAAAAAAAAUGAAGUCUAGCACUUGUAUUGGAAUCUCGAGCAUGAAACCUUGUUGUAGAAUCCUAAUUAGUUAUAAAAGCUCUUCCAUUUUCGGGUUAUCUCCCCCUAAAAUGAACCGUUCAGGUAUCCACAAUUUGUCGAAAUCACUUUCUAAGGCAGUUGAUCGCCGUAGGUUCCACUGUUAUAAGCAUAGUAAAUCACAGAUUGUAGGUUAUAAGUGUGCUGUUGAUUCGAAUCGGCGGGCUUUUAGUGUGUCCGAUUCAAGCUGGGGUCAGUCUAGGGGUUUUACGGGUAGUUUUUGUGUCAAUAAAGGUAGGUCUAGGGGUGUUUUAGUAAUUCCCAAAGUAGCGUCAGAUUUUAGGAACCAUUCGACAUCAGUUGAACCUCAUGUUAACGAGAAGAACUUUGAGAGGAUUUACAUUCAAGGCGGGUUGAAUGUGAAGCCUCUGGUGAUUGAGAGGAUAGAGACAGGUAAUGGAUUAGUUAAAGAGGACAAUACUGGUAUAGAUGUUAAUGAGUCAGGUGUAAAUAUUGAUAAUGUAAAGGGUUUGAAUUUGACUGAGACUGAGAUUGAGAGAGAGGUGUCUGAGAUUGAGAAAGAGGCAUGGAAGAUACUACGUGGUGCUGUUGUGAACUAUUGUGGACAUCCAGUGGGGACUGUAGCUGCUAAUGAUCCAGCAGACAAGCAGCCAUUGAACUAUGAUCAGAUAUUUAUCCGUGACUUUGUACCUUCAGCGCUUGCUUUUCUGCUAAAUGGAGAGCCAGAGAUUGUGAAGAAUUUUCUUCUUCACACAUUGCAGUUACAGAGUUGGGAGAAGACUGUGGACUGCUACAGCCCUGGGCAAGGGUUGAUGCCAGCAAGUUUUAAAGUUAGAACUGCCCCUCUUGAUGGAAGCAGUGAAGCAUUCGAAGAGGUUUUAGAUGCUGAUUUCGGUGAAUCAGCCAUUGGUCGUGUUGCCCCUGUUGAUUCUGGGUUGUGGUGGAUUAUCUUGUUGAGAGCUUAUGGAAAGAUAACUGGUGACUAUACGUUACAAGAGAGGGUGGAUGUGCAAACAGGCAUAAGUCUGAUCCUUAAUUUGUGUUUAACUGAUGGGUUUGACAUGUUUCCUUCUCUGUUGGUCACUGAUGGCUCCUGUAUGAUUGAUAGACGAAUGGGUAUUCAUGGCCACCCUCUUGAAAUUCAAGCCUUAUUUUAUUCUGCUCUGCGUUGCUCUCGUGAGAUGCUCACUGUUAAUGAUGCAACCAAGAAUUUGGUCGCUGCCAUUAACAGCCGACUCAGUGCACUCUCAUUUCACAUCAGAGAGUAUUACUGGGUUGAUAUGAAGAAAAUCAAUGAGAUAUAUCGUUACAAGACAGAGGAAUAUUCGACAGAUGCCAUCAACAAGUUCAAUAUCUAUCCAGAUCAGAUUCCUUCCUGGCUAGUAGAUUGGAUUCCUGAUGAAGGUGGCUACUUCAUUGGCAAUUUGCAACCUGCUCAUAUGGAUUUUAGGUUUUUCACCCUUGGAAAUCUUUGGGCCAUCGUUUCUUCUUUGGGGACUUCAAAACAGAAUGAGGAUGUUUUGAAUUUGAUUGAGGCUAAAUGGGAUGAUUUUGUGGCUAACAUGCCUCUUAAGAUUAUUUACCCUGCUCUAGAGUCUGAUGAAUGGCGGAUAAUCACUGGAAGUGACCCAAAGAAUACCCCGUGGUCAUAUCACAAUGGUGGAUCUUGGCCAACCCUCCUGUGGCAGUUUACGUUGGCCUGUAUAAAGAUGGGCAAACCAGAAUUAGCACAAAAAGCAGUUGCUCUGGCAGAGGAAAGGCUGUCAGCAGAUCAAUGGCCUGAAUACUAUGACACAAGAAGUGGGAAGUUUAUAGGGAAGCAAUCCCGGCUCUUCCAGACAUGGACAGUUGCUGGUUUCCUUACCUCAAAGAUGCUACUGCAGAACCCACAGAAGGCAUCCCUUUUGUUUUGGGAGGAAGACUAUGAGCUUCUUGAGACCUGUGUUUGUGGCCUUGGCAAAACCGGUCGAAGGAAGUGCUCACGCCUGGCUGCUAAAUCUUAAAGUCACGGCCAGUAAUGACCGUUCCUUAAUAAAAUGCACUAGCAAGCAUAGGAGAAUUAAAAAAAGGUUUAGAUGAACACUCAAGUGCUGAACGAGACAUGGAGAUGACUAUAACUAAACCAAAGGACAGAGUUUAGUGAACUUCAGAAAAUAUUCCUAGAGCUAACAGCCGUCAUUCAUGUAAAGUAGUACUUGUUUGUUGUAUCAUUCAUGGAGGACUGACUUGAAUUAGGUGGCUCAGUUUUUGGUAGCCUCUUAACAUAUUUGUACGGUUCUAAAAAAUCUGAAUAAUUGAACAUAUGACUUCAUUAUUGCAAUAUAUACAUGACACUUUCUUUCCAUAGA